AGUCUUCUGAACACCUUGAGCAGCAAUCUUCGUAUGUUUGGCAUGCGAUUCGCCCCUGGAAAAUGUAAGAUGCUGCUACAGGACUGGACCCCGUCAAUCCCUAACUUAGUGAUAGGGAGUGAAGUGAUAGAACAUGUUGACCACUUCACCUACUUGGGAAGUUGUAUUAGCACCAACGGACUGAUUGGCGAUGAAAUCUCAGCACGGAUCCGAAAAGCUCGAGCUGCUUUCGCUGACUUACACCAUCUCUGGCGUAGGCGUGACAUCCGGUUAUCAACCAAGGGACGUGUGUACUGCUCAUCAGUUCGCUCCGUCCUUCUCUAUGGCUCUGAAACAUGGCCAAUACGCGUUGAAGACAUGAAAAGGUUGACUGCUUUCGAUCAUAGAUGUCUGCGAUCUCUGUCUCACGUUAGGUGGUUUCACAAGAUAAGUAAUGUUGACGUUAGGCGUAGAGUGUUGGGCAAAGAGGGAAAAUCAAUCGACGAGGCUAUAAAGUUACAUAGACUAAGAUGGCUAGGUCACGUGCUGCGCAUGCCUAACCACCGCCUCCCCCGACGGGCAUUGCUAGCUGAUAUAGGUUCAGGUUGGAAAAGAGCCAGUGGUGGCCAAACAAAAACAUUGCAUCAAUCCAUGAAAUCCUUGACAGUUAAACUGAGUCAGGUAGGGAGAUGCAGACUCCCGGGUUGGGGCCCUCGGGACUCUGGGAAUCAAUGGCUGGAGACAGUAGGUGACAUGGCUCAAAAUCGUUGUCAGUGGCGCAGAUGUAUUCAGUCUCUGUAAUCUUUCAUAUUCCUUUCUACAAUUACCCAUUCUGUUUCACUCUUAUAUUUGUCAAACUCUAUUGAUUCUCUUCACUCAUCUUCUUGUCUACCUUGUGUGCCAAUUGGAACGUGGCAACUCGAACUGCUGCACUUCGGUGCCAAGUUCUAUGUUGAAUCCAGACAGACAGACUACUAGAGAUAUGACUGCAAAUCUUUGUUACUGGCACAGAUGCAUUCACUCUAUGUAAUCCUGCGUAUCUAUUCAACUCAUGUUCUUCCUUGUUACUAUUUAUUCUCCCUCACAUUUACGCUCGUUAAACCUCCGUUUAGUUUUGUGUCUCUACCUUUGUGUACUACAUGGAAUGUGGUCAUUUAAGCAGGUGGACUUCUUCGCAAACUCAUACUGAAAGGCAGUCAGAAUGACAUGACAUUCAAUAAUGAUCUCCAAAAUGUCAAUAAAUGAUAAGUGUAAUUCUUAAUCUGGUUCUUUGCUAAAUGAAUAAUAGAUACUUUUCAGUAAUCUCUUCUUCCACCCGGGACUCGUCUCCUACUUUGCAAGUGUCUCUUGUGCUAAGCUUUCGAUCAUUCAGCAUUCGCCGUUGUUGUUGUUGUUGUUGACUCAGGAUCUAGAUGACAUUUAGUUAAAUGAGGUUUCGGUCGUGCAAACACGAGUCCUAGGCAGUUGACUGGUUGCCUUAUCAUUUUUCAAAUAGAAUGCAGCAUACUGUAUAUUAGGGUAAAUCUUCUGCUUUGCUUGCUGAAGCUGGUGUUCUUCAGGGUACUGUUAUGUUGUCUCCUUUUCUUUUUUUCUCUCUCGUCUUACAUGACUUCUCUUUCUGAUGAGAGCAACUUCGUCAAAUACACUGGUGAUCUGACCGUCUCACUUCCUGUCAUGUCACAACGUGUCACCAGGAGGACUUAAUUUUUCAGUUUGUGCAUAUAUAUAUAUAUAUAUAUAUA